UUUACCGUUAUCCUCACCGCUUGUCACAUUUAGUUUACUUGCCCAGCUCGCAAACCUUUGUUCUUCACGUUUACACCUGUUUCAUAUUCUCAUACCAGGCUCACUGUUACCUAGUACAUCUCAACGGAGUCAACACAGACCUACUAGUGCACCAGGAGCAUUCAAGGACACAAUCCAGAUAGAAUGAUUAGAACUGCAUUGACUGAACUUCUGGGCAUCCGUGUGCCAGUAGUGCAAGGGGGUAUGCAAUGGGUCGGAAAACCUCCACUUCCUGCAGCCGUGUCGAACGCGGGAGGUCUUGGGGUCAUCACUGCACUUACGCAGCCGAAUCCCGAAGCUUUGCGCACUGUGAUCCGUGAAACCCGCGCAGCAACUGACAAGCCCUUUGGCGUCAACAUCACGAUUCUGCCCUCGAUUAACCCACCAGACUAUGAAGGUUUCGCGCGUGUAGCUAUAGAAGAAGGCGUCAAGAUAUUUGAAACAGCAGGGAACAGUCCGGGAAAGCUCAUCGAGUUCUUCAAGUCGCAUGGAUGCAUUGUGAUACAUAAGUGCACCACGAUCCGACACGCCAAGUCCGCAGAACGACUGGGCGUUGACGUUCUGAGUAUCGACGGUUUCGAAUGUGCUGGUCACCCUGGAGAGGAGGACAUUGGUGGUCUUGUUCUGCUUGCAAGAGCCGCGCAAGAACUCAAAAUACCAUACAUCGCAUCGGGUGGAAUCGCAGAUGGCCGUGGCUUGGCUGCUUGUCUCGCACUUGGUGCCGCUGGAGUGAACAUGGGCACACGAUUCAUGUGCACAGUUGAGAGCCCCAUCCACCAAAAAAUCAAAGAGAAAAUUGUCGCCUCCACCGAAUAUGAUACCACCCACAUUUUCCGUACUUUGAACAACACCUCACGCGUUUUCAAGAAUGUAGUCUCACAGCAAGUCGUUGCUAUCGAGCGGCGGCCAGGCGGGGCCAAGUUUGAAGACGUCCGCGACCUUGUCUCGGGCGCACGAGGCAAAAUUGUAUUCGAGAAUGGUGAUCCCGACUAUGGGAUUUGGACUGCAGGUCUUGUACUUGGCUUGAUCAAGGAUAUCCCGACGUGCGAAGAGCUCUUGUCGCGCAUGGAGAGGGAGGCAGAAGAGAUUAUCGGCGGGAUGGCCAAGCUAGUCAAGGCGAAGGCUAAGUUGUAAUGUUGUAUACCUAGUUAUCGUGAUAUCACCUUGCUGUUUGUUUCUCGUAAGUAGGCAACCAAAUUUAUGUAAUGUGUGGAUGAAGCGUCUUGUUAACCC